UGGGAAAGCUCCAGCAGAGGAGGAGGAAGAGGAGGAGGAAGAGGAGGAGAACUCACCGGUCACAAGUCCGGGCUGCAGCCGACACACGAGCCACCUUCCCCGGACUCUUUGCCGGACGCGCCCCGCUGUGAACUCCGCUCCGGACUCUUUGAAGUCGGGUUGAAUUAUUAAUAUCAGCGUGAAGAGGAACUCAACGUUUAUUGUUGGAAGGAAAGCGGUGAAAGUUCUUCAUGAACUUCUGGAUUGAACACAAGUUGUAAUAAAUGUGAUUCAUCAGACGAAUCGAGAACGGAGUUUGUUUCUUUCAAACUUUUACAACUUGAAUAAACCUCCCGGGAGUCAGCGCGCUGCCCCCCGCCGGCCGAGCGCCAUGAAGCGGCCGUGCGAGGCCAGCAGCUCGGCGCAGAGCGAGGGGGAGCAGACCAUCGACCCGGGCAGCGAGAGCGUCUAUCCGGGGCACAUGAAGGCGUCCUUCCUCAGAUGUGGAUCACCGACCACGACCUCUCAAGUGGUGGCGAGGAAAAGGCGCAGAGGGAUUAUUGAGAAGCGGCGCAGAGACCGAAUCAACAGCAGCCUGGUGGACUUACGGAGACUCGUCCCCUCGGCCUUCGAGAAGCAGGGUUCAGCUAAACUGGAGAAGGCCGAGAUCCUGCAGAUGACUGUGGACCAUCUGAAGGUGCUGCAGGCCACCGGAGGGAAAGGUUACUUUGACGCCCACGCUCUGGCCCUGGACUUCCUGUCUCUGGGCUUCAGGGAGUGCGUGACGGAGGUUUCCUGCUACCUGAGCGCCAUGGAGGGCCUGGACUCCGGCGACCCUCUGCGCUCCCGCCUCCUCUCCCAUCUCGCCUCCUGCUCUUCGCAGCGCGAUGUCGCCGCUCUCACCGUGACCUCCCAUUUCCCACUCUACCACCAGCACCACCCUUUACCCCACCCCUUCCACCCCCACCCCUGGGCGGCGUUUGGACCUCCGCCAGCCGGUGCAGCGUCGUACGGACUGCGCUCGCUGUCCGUGCCCUCUGACCCCGGAGAAGGUGGAGCACCCCAGAGGCGGGUGGAGUUGUCCCAGAGCAGCGUCGCCUCGUCCCAAGCGGACUCCACCUCCUCGUCUCUCGUGCUCCCCUGCGCCUCCCUCCUCUCCCUCUCGCCGUCGUUUCCCGUCACCCUCCACGGAGGCUUCCCCAUCCUCCCUUCCUCCCCUUUCACCUCCACCGCCGCCACCACCAGUCCUCCAAUCUCCUCCUCUUCCUCCUCCUCCUCCUCCUCGUCCUCCCAGACUCCUCACAGCAGCAGUAAACCAUACAGACCGUGGGGAACUGAGGUCGGAGCCUUCUGACUAACUUCUGACUGACACUUUUCCAUAACCAGUGAACAAACUUAGAGACCAAGUUUUUACCCCAAACAACUAGUUUUCUUUCCUCGUUAACCUCUGAGAUGUUUUUAAUCUUUUCCACCUGCUAUUUUAUAUAAUUCACCCAUUUGUUCUUUUUAAAACGCUGCACCUGUUUUAUUUCACAUGUUUUUAUGCUCUUUUUGAAGAAAAUCUGUAAAAACACGUUUUUACGCUCACCGUGAGGUGUUUUAACACAUGAAGCAUAGACUUCUAUACAACCAGAGGAGUCGCCCCCUGGU